AUGUGGCGGGCGCUCGGCGGACUGUGGGGGAGGCGAGGCGCGCUGCUGCUGCUGCUGCUGCUGCUGCUGCUGGGCGGCUGGCGGGCUGCCUGGCCCGGGGGCGUCGUGGUCGUGGGGCUCGUGCUGGGGCUGCUGUGCCGGCGCCCUCCCCGUCUCGGGGGCGCCCUGCCCGCGGAGGGGAAGGCGGUGCUCGUCACGGGCUGUGACAAAGGAUUUGGCCACGCCUUGGCCAAGCACCUGCACGCCAAGGGCUUCACCGUCUUUGCCGGUUGCUUGCUCAGGGAGCAAGGCGGGGAUGGUGCCAGAGCGCUCAGCCGGCUGGGAUCGGCGCGCAUGCGCGUCCUUCAGCUCGACGUAUGCAGCGAGGAUGAGGUGGAAGGUGCUCUCCGCUUUGUGAGGGAGAACCUGCCAGAUCCUGAGCAAGGUCUCUGGGGCGUGGUGAAUAAUGCCGGAAUCGCCUCCUUCGGAGAUGUGGAAUUCACCAGUCUAGAGAAGUACAAGAGGGUGGCCGAGAUCAACUUGUGGGGGGCCGUCCGAGUCACAAAGGCUUUCCUGCCCCUGAUCCGCAGAGCCAGAGGCCGUGUUGUCAACGUGGCCAGCAUGCUGGGCCGGAUGGCCAGUCCGUCGCGCUCCUCCUACUGCAUCUCCAAGUUUGGGAUGGAGGCCUUCACCGACUGCCUGCGGCAGGAGAUGUACCGCUGGGGCGUCACUGUGGUGGCCAUCGAGCCCGGCAACUUCAUCGCCGCCACGGGCAUCCUGACCCAGGAGGGCAUCCAGGCCGAGGCCGAGCAGAUGUGGUGCCGGGCCAGCGAGCUGGUCCGCGCGGAUUAUGGAGAGGCCUACUUCCAGCGGCAGCUCCACCAGUUGGCAGCCUUCGCACACAGCGGCCUGAGGGACAUGGCCCUCGUCCUCGACGACAUCACCGACGCGCUCACCGCUCGGUGCCCGUAUGCCCGCUACAACCCCAUGGAGGCCCACUGGUGGGUCCGUGUGCAGGCUAUGACCCACUUGCCCACCGCCCUGGCCGACUGGCUCUACAUCCGCUAGCCACAGGCUGGCAGCACAGUGGGCCUGGCAUUUUUCAUUUGCCACCCCUCCCCCUCCCACUGCGUCUCCCCCCCCCCCGAUGGAAAAAGGCAGUUUCCAGGGAUCUGUUUCAAUGGGCACAAAUGUCUCUCCGCUGCUUACCCAAUUUAGAAACCACACCAAGCAAGGGCUCCUCCUGUCCCUGCGUGUCUCUAGCUCUCCAGGUGCAGGCAUCCAUGUCCGUGCAGGAUGAGUGCAUGGAAGCGAGGGGCUGGGGACCAGGCUCUGUCCUCCCCAUGCCACUCGGCCGGCCUCCAGGGCCCUCCUGAGCACAAGCCCCAAAGGGCAGGCUCCGUGCCUGCAAGCGUCUGCCCGCCCUUUGGGAGAGGGGGCGAUUGCCAUCUCUCUGUCUCUCCUUCUGUGAGCGAGUGGCGCCUCAGCCUCAUGCCCGUUCCCAGCACAGCACAGCUCGCCUUCCAGGGUGCCCCCCACCGGGCCUCCUUCUGCUGCUUCUGGAGCUCAGCAGCUGGCAGGGGUCAUCCCAGCCCACCUCUGGGCUGGCAGUAGCAAGAGCCCGGGGGUCAGCGGCUCCUUCCAAAGGGCCCUUCCAUGCUGGGCGUGCUGUUGCUGGAGGGAGAGCCCUCCAAGGGCGCUCCAUGCCAAAGUCCUGCUUCCAGGAGUGGCCACGGGCCACAGUGCCCUUGCUGGGGCUUGGGACUGGCCAGGCCCACACUCUUGCCUUGCCAGGGAAACACAGCCACCCUGCUGGUCUGGAGGCCUGGCUGAGGGCAGCCGCCCUCACUUGCCACAGUGGGCAGGGAAGGAGCCACCUGACGGGCAGAGCCCCCCCCCCGUUGCCACUCCAGCAACCCCCAUUUCCCUCCACGAAGGCUGAGAAGGGAAUUGGCCAUUCUGGCUCCCUGAGAUCUCUUUCUGUUGAACAGGAGAGAUUGGGGAGAGGGGAGUUUGCACCUUCUCCGUGCAAACAGGGCUUCGGCCAGGGGCAGCUGUGGGGAAGAGAUAAGCGUGUGUUAGCUCAAGACAAGCCCCACACUUGGGUGGAGCUGCCGUCAGCCCAUUGCCCCCCCCCAACGUAAGCCCAGUCCCGUCUAGGACCACGUGGCACCCUGGACUAGGCGCAUCAUAACACCAUGUGGCACCUGAGCUCCUGCAGAACAAACUUCGUGGCCAUCUUGGGGGCUAGAAAUAUAUCACCCCCUUGUUCAGGGCACACCGAAGACCAGCCACAGGGGAGCUGAGACCCUCCCCAUCCGUUCCUGGCCGAACUUGAUCAAUCUCCCAGUAAGGACUAGAAAUUUGGUGUGACAGACAAUGACUGGGUUUGGAUGACACGGUAACCCACGAUGGGUUAAAUAACCCAUCAUGGAUUAUUGUGUCAUCUGUUGGGAAUUUUUUAUAAAAAAACGAUGGGUUAUUUGUCUGAAAUACCCUGCUCUGAUAACCCACAGUCUGUAGUAGGGGUUAUUUAUCCCACCUUGGGUUAUUGUGUCAUCUGUCGGGCAUCGUGGGUCAAUUUGCUCACAUGGAAAGACAGAACCACAUAGCUACAGCUGCUCUAUAAACCCUUGAAAGUUUGCAGGAUUGGAAGCAAGUUUCAUACACAGCCUCCCCUAGUGAGGAGGCACCCAAUGCACCAUCAAAGCCCCGCGCAAUUUCACGCAGGCGAGGGAAACUCCCGGGUGCACCAAAUG